AUGCUCUCCAGCUUGGGGUGUCUACUUCUCUGUGGAAGUAUUGCACUAGCUCUGGGAAAUGCACAGAAAUUGCCAAAAGGAAAAAGGCCAAGCCUGAAAGUCCACAUCAACACCACAAGUGACUCCAUCUUCUUGAAGUUCCUUCGUCCGAAUCCAAAUGUAAAGCUUGAAGGUUUUCUCCUGGGAUAUGGAAGCAAUGUGUCGCCAAACCAGUACUUCCCCCUCCCAGCAGAAGGGAAAUACACUGAGGCUGUAGUGGAUGCAGAGCCUAAAUAUCUGAUUGUUGUGCGGUCUGCGCCCCCUCCAAGUCAGAAGAAAUCAUGCUCAGGUAAAACACGUGCUCGCAAACCUCUCCAAUUGGUGAUUGGCACUCUGACACCAAGUUCUGUCUUUUUGUCAUGGGGUUUCCUCAUCAACCCACACCACGACUGGACACCACCAAGUCACUGUCCCAAUGACAGAUUUUAUACAAUUCGCUAUAGAGAAAAGGAUAAAGAAAAGAAAUGGAUUUUUCAGCUCUGUCCAUCUACUGAAACAAUUAUAGAAAAUCUAAAGCCCAAUACAAUUUAUGAGUUUGGAGUGAAAGACAACGUAGAUGGUGGGAUUUGGAGUAAGAUUUUCAAUCACAAGACUAUUGUUGCAGGUAAAAAAGUAAAUGGGAAAAUCCAAAGUACCUCUGACCAAGUCCACCAAGUGCCAGCAUAUGUCCCAAGGAAACCAAUCCCAAUAACAAUCAUCAAGGAAGUGAUUCAGAACGUUACUCACAGGGCUUCAAUUAAAUCCCCAGAUAGGAUUCCCUCAGGAGGAACAAUAGUAGUCCAUCUUAUUGUUCCAGGUCUUAAUGAAACCACCAUAAAACUUCCCACUUCUGUAAUGCUUGAGAUCACUGAUGUGAUCAAGACACAAUUGGCUAAGAAUGAAACCCUGACAUUACCUGCUGAAUCUAAAACACCAGAAGUAGAAAAAAUUCCAGCACAGCCCAUAACAGUGACUCCUGAAACUGUUCCAAGAACCACUAAACCCACUGUGUCUAGUGCAUUAGACAUUUCAGAAACAGUACUGGCUUCAAGUGAAAAGCCAUGGAUUGCGCCUGCAACUAAAAUGUCUGAAGAUACCAAAGUUCUACAGCCUCAAACUGCAACUUACGAUGUACCACCUGUUUUUGCAAGCCCCACACCAUCAGAUGAACCUGAAAUAUCAGAGCCCCACACAGCAACAAGUGAACCUAUUCUGGAUUCUGUCCCACCUAAAACUUCUAGAACUCUUGAAUGGCCAAGGGCAACACUGGCUCCAAGUGAAACACCAUUCGUUCCUCAAAAACUGGAAAUCUUAACCAUUCCUGAAAUACAACCUACAACACCUGCUCCACAGCCAACUACAUCUGUUCCUUCUACACCCAAACGACGCAAGCCCAAACCACCAAGAACCAAAGCUGAACGAACCACAAAGCCUGGAACACUUACACCUAAAAUUUCUAAAAGCCCUGAACCAACACGUACAACUCUGGCUCCCAGUAAAACACAAUUUAUCUCUUUGAAACCUAAACUCUCUCUCAGCCCAGAAGUGACACACACCACAGCUGCUCCCAAGCAGACGCCUCGUGCUCCUACCAAGCCAAAAGCAUCGCCACGCCCAAGAAUCCCCAAAACACAGCCAGUUCCUAAGGGGCCCCAGCGUGUUACUCCAAAACCAAAAACAUCACCAAGCCCAGAAGUGUCAUACACUGUACCUGUUCCAAAAGAUGUGCUUCUUCCCCAUAAACAAGAUCCUGAGGUCUCUCAGAGUGAACCUGCUCCUUUAGAGACACGGGGAAUCCCUUUUAUACCUAUAAUUUCACCUAGUCCCAGUCAAGAGGAACUACAAACCACUCAGGAAACAGACCAAUCCACCCAAGAGCACUUCACAACUAAGAUUCCACGAACAACUGAAUCAGCAAAGACAACUCAGGCACCACACAGAUUGUACACUACUCCUGUGAGGCCCAGAACAACUGACAAAUCACAUUUCAAACCUGGGGUCAAGCAGCCUGUCCCUGGAGACACUGGUGUUAGUAGAAAUGUGUCAGUGGACUCAAUCCGCUCCACCAAAAGACCAGGCACUCGCCGCCCACCCUUGUCACCUAGACCGACACCACUACAAAGAAAACCUUUAUCACAGACUGUCACUGGAAAGCCAGGAAGUACAGGAGUUGUUUCAUCAGGCCGAGUAACUUUCCCACCUUUGAGGGCAACACUUGGGCCUACUGAAGUCCCCUUAGAGAGAGUGGAGACAGACAAAAAGCAACCAACAGUUCCUGCCUCUGGAGAAGAAUUAGAUAAUAUAACUGACUUUAGCUCCAGCCCAACAAGCGAAACUGAUCCUCUUGGGAAGCCCAGAUUCACGGGCCCUCAUGUGAGAUACAUCCCAAAGCCUGACAACCGACCCUGUUCCAUCACCGACUCUGUCAAGUGGUUCCCCAAAGAAGAGGCUACAGAAGAGAAUGCUGUCAUCCCACCACAGAACCCACCAACCAACCUGACUGUGGUCACUGUGGAAGGUUGCCCCUCAUUUGUCAUCUUAGACUGGGAAAAGCCACUAAAUGACACAGUCACUGAAUAUGAAGUUAUAUCCAGAGAAAAUGGGACAGUCAGUGCGAAGGACAAGUCCAUUCAAGUUACAAAUCAAACUUUCUCUACAGUAGAAAAUCUAAAACCAGACACAAGCUAUGAAUUCCAGGUGAAACCCAAAAACCCACUUGGUGAAGGCCCAGCCAGCAAUACAGUGGCAUUCAGUACCGAAUCAGCGGACCCUAGAGUGAGCGAGCCAGUUUCAGCAGGAAGAGAUGCCAUCUGGACUGAGAGACCCUUUAAUUCAGACUCUUACUCAGAAUGUCAGGGCAAACAGUAUGUCAAAAGGACAUGGUAUAAAAAGUUCGUAGGAGUGCAGCUAUGCAACUCUCUCAGGUACAAGAUUUAUCUGAGCGACUCCCUCACAGGAAAGUUUUAUAACAUAGGUGAUCUGAGGGGUUAUGGAGAAGAUCAUUGCCAGUUCGUAGAUUCAUUUUUAGAUGGACGCACUGGACAGCAACUCACCUCUGAUCAGUUACCCACCAAAGAAGGCUAUUUCAGAGCAGUUCGUCAGGAACCUGUCCAGUUUGGAAAAAUAGGUGGUCACACCCACAUAAAUUAUGUCCAGUGGUAUGAAUGUGGAAUGACAAUACCUGGGAAAUGGUAA